ACACUUCCUAUCACGCCUCCUCUCUUCCCCACUUUCCAAGCAACAUCUUCUUCCCCCUUCCCCGCCUUCGUAUAAAAACCCUCCCCUUCUUUUCUCUCUUGUGCGUAACAACCCUCACCAUCGGAAUCCCAGCUCCCUGAUUUUCUUCAGCCUCUCCUUCUCUUCCUUCUCCUUCUUCCCUUCAACAUCACUCAUCAUCGCCGCCCUGCUUGCUCACCAUGGUCACUGAAGAUCUGAAAUCGAAGCCCAUCCAGAUCCGUGAAGUAUGGGCCUCUAAUCUCGAUGCUGAAUUCCGACUCAUCCGCGAAUUGAUCGAUCGCUACCCUUUUAUCUCCAUGGACACAGAAUUCCCCGGCGUCAUCUUCCGCCCUCAGGUCGACCCUGCUAUUCCUUACCACCACCGCCAGCUCCUUCCCACCGAUCACUACCGCCUCUUGAAGGCCAACGUUGACGCCUUGAAUCUCAUCCAAGUCGGCCUCACCCUCUCCGAUGCUGAUGGCAACCUUCCCGACCUCGGAUCCGAGAACCGCUUCAUCUGGGAGUUCAACUUCUGCGACUUCGACCUGGCGCGUGACUCCUUCGCCCCUGAUUCCAUCGACUUGCUGCGCCGGCAGGGGAUCGACUUCCAGAGAAACGUCGAGGACGGAGUCGACUCGGCCCGGUUCGCGGAGUUGAUGAUGUCGUCGGGGCUCGUCUGCAACGAGUCUGUGAGUUGGGUGACGUUCCACAGCGCAUAUGAUUUCGGGUACCUGGUAAAGAUCCUGACCCGACGGAGCUUGCCGAAGGGGGUGAAGGAAUUCUUGAGAUUGUUGAGGGUGUUUUUCGGAAAUAAUGUUUAUGAUAUCAAGCACAUGAUGCGGUUCUGCAAGAGCCUGUACGGGGGGUUGGACCGGGUGGCCAGGACCCUCAGUGUGAACCGGGCUGUGGGGAAGUGCCAUCAAGCCGGGUCGGACAGCUUGCUGACGUGGCACGCCUUUCAGAGAAUGAGGGAUAUAUUUUUUGUAAAGGACGGACCGGAGAAUUAUGCCGGCGUUUUGUAUGGAUUAGAGGUGAUAUGUUAAUUAAAAAUAUAUAAAAAAAUAAUUGGUUUAUUAUUUUAUUUGUUCA